AUGCACCCACAGAACAGUCUCGAUCUUCCUAUGGCUUUUCUAGGGUACCUCAGGAUGAGAUACCCAAAGGUGGAACGCAAGAGGCCGUCUUUCCAAUUACCUUCACACCAUACCAGCACAGCACACGCAAAACAUCGCAAUUUCUCCACGCCUACAUGUGGAAGCGAUGAUAUGGGGAGUAUACCUGAGACUGAGGCUUCUUUCACGACUCCGAUCAAUACAACCGCACCACCUGAGACAGGUACUUGCAAGCCAAUAUCUACUUACUCUCCCCUUCCACCUCCACCGUCUCCAGCAUACACCGAAGCACGUUCACAACCCCCGCCACCUACCACACUUCAAGAACCACUAUCCCGCCCAAUCACCCCCUCGCCACGGCACAACAUAUAUCGUAUUACGGAGAAACUCACCGAAAAUUGGAUCGCGGAGCAAGGAUUUGGAUUUGUGUGGACGGAGCCUGUGCGGUGGCUGAGUAAAUGGUGGGCUGAAGAGUUUUAA